UAUUUUUUGUCGAUUGAACGGAGUCUGUCAGUCAUUCAUUAAAUAAACGCCGAGUGUCGUGGUAGUAAUUUACGCCGUAAAACAAUUCGUGUGAUCAUUAUUCCUAGGCGUAUCUUUGUUUGUAAAAUUAUGAUAUGACGAACAGUUGUGUCUACUAAAUCAAAUUGUGAAAUUAAGUGGGCAAAAAUGGCUGGCGCUGGAGGGAUUUUACGUCGAUUUCUACUCGUCUUCUUGGAUUGUCUGCUACUAUUACAGCUAGCGCAAUACGUACCCACAGCCUCUGCAGAAGCCCACUGUAUUUGGUAUGGCGUUUGUUCAAGUGACCCACUCAGACCGACGAACUGCGCUUACAAUGGAACAGCAAAACCCAUCCCUAGUACAGCAAUGACGAUCAUGAAGAAGUACUGCCCGUCUAUCGCAGCCGGCGGUGUCUCCUGCUGCAGUGACGAGCAGAUGGACAACUUGGCUUCAAAGAUCAUGCCCGCAGAGAAUCUCUUACAAAGAUGUCCGUCUUGUUUCGAGAACUUUGUCCAACACAUAUGUGGCAUGACUUGCUCGCCGAAUCAAAGCGACUUUCUGUAUCCCGCUGAAGUUGUUCCGUUCAAUGCGACCCACCAGAAAAUCACCACAAUCACCUACGACCUUAGCGCUAAAUACAUGAACACCACGUUUGAAUCCUGUCUACAGGUGCAAGCGCCGUCAACCAAUCAACUGGCUUUGGACCUUAUGUGCGGGGAGUAUGGUGCAGAAUACUGUACGCCAGAGCGGUGGUUCAAGUUUAUGGGAGACGUGGCGAAUUUUGCGCCCUUCCAGAUUAACUACGUGAAUGAUCCAGUGCCAGAACAUGGAUUGAUGCCCUACGAUCCCGUCACAAGACCCUGUAAUGAAGGAGCACCCGGUCAACCCGGCUGUUCAUGCCUGGACUGCAGUGCCUCAUGUCCCGCUCCCCCACCGCCCCCACCUCCAAUGGUUCCCUUCACCAUCCUCGGAGCUGACGGGUAUGCCGUCAUCAUGGCUAUCGUCUUCGUCAUCUUCACAACCCUGUUCCUCUCAGGAGUAUUCUGCUGCACUCCCCAAGACAACGCUGUCGACGGGUGGGCGCGCAGCGGCGAGGCGCGGCGACGCGGCGGCCCAGAGACCAGUCCGCUGCACUCGCACCGCUCCAGUGUGGCUUCAGAGAACAAUCAGGAGAUGGCAACGAACCCUAGGACUCUUGGUUGGUCUGCUGACCAGCCUGAUGGUGUGGAAGGAGAAGCGUCGUUCUUUGAGAAGCUUGGAGCGGAGACUGAGACUAAGAUGGAGGACUUCUUCCAAUGGUGGGGAUACCACAUGGCGUCCCGUCCUUGGCUUGUUCUCUUUGUGGGUCUAUGUAUAGUGGUGGGUCUUGGCCACGGUAUCAGCUACAUGCGUGUGACGACCAACCCAGUGGAGCUCUGGGCUGCGCCUAACUCACGUUCCCGUAUGGAGCGAGAAUACUUCGACUCGCACUUUGAACCGUUCUACAGAAACGAGAUGUUGAUCAUCACCUCAAAAGGCCUGCCUAAAAUUGAGCACAACACACCAAACGGUGACAUCACCUUCGGACCUGUCUUCAACGCCACCUUCCUUAAAGACGUGCUGGAAUUACAGAACAAAAUCAUGGCUCUGGGCAACGAGACAGGUAUCCAGGACAUUUGCUUCGCUCCGCUGACGUCAUCGUUCAGUGGUCCCAUCAAACCGUACGACUGUGUGGUGCAGUCUAUCUGGGGAUGGUGGCAGAACGAUAUCAGCAACUUUGAAGCUGAAGAAGAGGACGGAGAAUAUCUUAACACUAUUCUCAAGUGCUCUGGUAAUCCAUUCCUGCCGGAAUGCCUGGGUUCGUACCGCGGCCCAGUGCUGCCCGCAGUAGCGCUGGGCGGGUUCCUGGCGCCGGGCGAGGCUCUCAGCAAGAGGAGCAGGUUCCACGACGCCACCGCACUCAUCAUCACGCUACUCGUUAACAACAAACACGACAGGGAACAGUUGAAACCGGCUUUGGAAUGGGAGAAAGAAUUCAUUGCGUUCAUGAAGAACUAUACUGCGACGCAAAUGCCUUCGUACAUGGACAUUGCGUAUACUUCCGAGCGAUCUAUUGAAGAUGAAUUGGAGAGAGAGUCACAAUCAGACGUGUCCACCAUCCUGGUGUCUUACUUCAUCAUGUUCGCGUAUAUCGCCAUCUCACUUGGAAGGUUCACCGGCUUCUCAAGGCUCCUUAUUGAUAGCAAAGUCACCUUGGGUCUUGGAGGUGUGACAAUCGUACUAGCAUCAGUAGUAUGUUCAGUGGGUAUGUUUGGUUUCGCUGGAGUACCAGCGACGCUGAUCAUCAUCGAAGUCAUUCCUUUCCUGGUGCUGGCUGUCGGAGUCGAUAAUAUCUUCAUCCUGGUGCAAACUAACCAGAGAGAGGGCAGGCGGCCUAACGAAACUGUUGCUGAACAUAUUGGAAGAACACUCGGUCAAGUAGGUCCAUCAAUGUUCCUGACCUCAAUGUCGGAGUCAGUAUGUUUCUUCCUGGGCGCUCUGUCCGACAUGCCGGCCGUGCGAGCCUUCGCCCUGUACGCGGGCGCAGCGCUACUGGUCGACUUCUUACUACAAGUUACCUGCUUCGUGGCUUUAUUGGCUAUUGAUACGCAUCGGCAGAAUGCUAACAGGUUCGACGUGUUGUGCUGCGUGGCGGGCACGAAGGCGGAGGGCGGCGCGGAGGGCGGCGAGGGCGCGCUGUACAACGUGUUCCGCCAGCUCUACGUGCCCUUCCUCAUGAAGCGCGAGGUGCGCGCCUCCGUCAUGAUACUGUUCUUCGCCUGGCUCUGCUCCUCCGUGGCCGUGGCACCUCACAUAGAAAUCGGUUUAGACCAAGAACUCUCGAUGCCUCAAGACAGCUUCCAACUGAAAUACUUCCAAUAUCUAAACCGUUACCUGAACAUUGGACCACCAGUAUACUUCGUGAUCACUGAAGGAUUAGACUACUCGGACUUGGAGACACAGAAUAUGGUAUGCGGCACCAGGUUCUGCAGGUCAGACAGUGUCUCUAUGCAACUGUAUUCUGCGUAUCGCACUCCAAACGAGACCUACAUAGCACAGCCGCCGAACUCCUGGCUGGACGAUUUCUUCGACUGGGCGUCUUUGAAGAGUUGCUGCAAGUACUUCCCCACCAACUCUAGCUUCUGUCCUAGCAGCCGUGGAACACCCUGCAAGGAAUGUCAAAUCCAACUACAAGGAAACGAGCAACGUCCCGACGCGGCCGACUUCAACCACUACGUGCCGUUCUUCCUGCAAGACAUCCCCGACCCGGACGGCUGCGUGAAGGGCGGCCACGCCGCGUACGGCCAGGCCGUCAACUACCACAUGCUCAACAAGUCGCAGGCCAACGUCGGCGCCACCUACUACCAGGGCUACCACACCGUGCUCAAGACGAGCCACGACUACUACUCCGCGCUGAAAGGAGCCAGAGGAGUCGCUGCCAACCUUACUGAGACUUUGAACAGGAACUUGAAAGAACAAGGGAAGAAUACAACUGUGAACGUGUUCCCAUACUCAGUGUUCUAUGUGUUCUAUGAACAGUAUUUGACUAUGUGGCCUGAUACACUGAAGUCUAUGGGCAUAUCUGUGCUGUCAAUCUUCAUUGUAACCUUUUUGCUGAUGGGCUUCGAUUUGUUCUCGGCUUUGGUGGUAGUUAUUACGAUUACAAUGAUCGUGGUGAAUCUCGGAGGUUUGAUGUACUGGUGGGGCAUCAGUUUGAAUGCAGUCUCACUUGUUAAUUUGGUGAUGGCGGUGGGUAUAGCGGUGGAGUUCUGCUCGCACGUGGUGCACGCGUUCAGCGUGUGUGCGGGCGCGGGGCGCCGCGCGCGCGCCGCCGCCGCGCUCACCCGCAUGGGCUCCUCCGUGCUCUCCGGCAUCACGCUCACCAAGUUCGGCGGCAUCAUCGUGCUCGGCACCGCCAAGAGCCAGAUAUUCCAGGUGUUCUACUUCCGCAUGUACCUGGGCAUCGUGUUACUGGGCGCGGCGCACGGACUCAUCUUCCUGCCCGUCAUGCUCAGCUAUAUCGGUUCCCCCGUCAACAAACAGAAGCUCGCCAACCAACUCCUGCGCAGCAAGGACGUCGCGGUCGCUGAGACGUCGCUCACUCGAGUAAGAGACGCGAGGGGACACCCAUACACCCACUAUAACUUUGAAUCGCUUCCCGCGUGAACUUGUCUAUAGCGAGAAUGAACACGUACGUACUAACGAACAAAAGGAUUUUUUCAUAUAGAAGCAUAGCGAUCACGGUGGACCAUUAUACAAUAGUAAAUAGUAACCCCAGUUAAACAGAAGUAUAGCACUCAUUAUAUUAGCUGUUUGAAUGAAUUUUAACUUUGAAACACCCGAUCUUAUACAACAAAUCAUUAAUGACAAUAAAAUCGGGUAUUUCAAGUGUUAGCUGAGAUGCAAUAGAGUACCCUUUGUCCCGCCAUCGUUCGCCAUGCCUUCACAUAGAUAAAUAAAUAAAAGAUUGCAAUUUGUUUAGUUCAUUCUCGUUACAAGUUCCCGUACUAACGCAUCGGUGUAUUGUAAAGUGGGAGGUGGUGCGACCAGGAUGCGUCUGGUAGACUCAUCGAGCAUUGUAGCACAGGAUCCGGUCCUAUAGUAUUACAGUGUUGCUGAUACCUCACCACUAUCUGACAUUUCUAUGACUUAGACCGACUUGUUUAGAUAUCAAAUUAUAUAAGGUAAGUACCAAAAUUAAAUUUUAUUAUUCGCCAAAGAUUUUACUCUCAUACGUUUUUGGUUAGAGUGAUUUUUUUAGUCUGUCUACAGUCGCAUAAAUGUCGGCGCGGGAGUAUGGUUCUCUUCCCAUUAAUAUUGUUGAAAGCAUUUAUUGUAUACGGCGGUAAUUGUGAUUUGGAACAUUUUGUUUUACAUAGAUUGGCUGUUACAAACAAAGAUUGUAAAUUAAUUGAUUGUAGAAGCUGGUAGUUAGCAAUAAAGUGUUGGAAUCACACGUACCGCGGCAAGGGGUUGGUUUCUAACCAAAAUGGUUUAUGGGACACCCUUUUAUGUUAAAGUAUCACGAAUAUCAUAUUUUUUAUUGUAAUUUGCAUGUAUCGAUCGUUAUAUUCCUAAUUGUGUAACGGUAGCGAUCAUUCCUAUUGAGUUCGAAUUUAAAAUUAUUAUUUUUUAACAUUUUUUUAUUUAUUUUUGUAUAUUUAUGAUUUUCUGUCACUGCCUUCGUUUUUUUGCACACGCUAGAGUACUUAUUAUAAGAGCUUCAAGCUAGAUACGUUUAGUUAGCAACAUAGAGCCGAAGUAACUAAAGUUUAUCAAUAAAUAGAUAAAUAUGAGUUAUUCCAUCGUUACAAGUGUAAUACAAGUGACAGACGCAAUACAUCCAGUACUUACACAACAGUACUUAAUUCAACAAGGCAGUGCUAUAGCAAAUCUCUAACUAAUGACUAAAUAGAGAAUAAUAUUUAUUUAUUUAUUUAAUUAGUACUACAGGCGUAACGUAAAAGGCAAGAGAGGUUUAGAACAUUGUAAAACUUUUAGGUACGAAUGUCAAUUCUUGUAUACAAAAAUAGACAUUGAAAUUUAUCAAAAUUAUUUAAAUUAUCAACUCGAAUCCUAGUUACGCCUGAAUUAAAUAAUUAUAUUAUAACUAGCGCAAAUCAUAGCUGAAUCAAGAUAGGCGCAACGUAUAUUCCAUUAUUGUGAGAAUUCAUUUAAUUGAUAUUUAUUUGCACGCUUAUCGUAGAAUUAGUUAGGGACAGCCUGUAUCUUAGAUUAGUUUGUUUGUGUGAGAAAUUGACGUUCCCUGUGAAAGUCUGAGGGCGUAUAUGUUGUGUGCAAUGUUUAUAUACACAUAGUAGCACUGAUAUUGAGAUACAGAGUGUGGUUUUACUUAUAGACUAGAGUUUUAUAUUACGACUUGCCAACAUAGACACAAUUUUGGCAUUUUGAUAUCAGUGUACUCCAAUGUUGUGUAGUCGUCAGUAUUAAUGUUUAUGGAUUAUAACACCAGUGUUUUUACUAAAACUUUUUUAAAGAUAUUUUUAUUUUUUUGUUUUAUAAAUUAAAUAGGUUUAUUAAAAACUUUUUUCAUAGAAAGAAGUUACAGAUCAUUACUAAUCAUUAAUAGGAUGUAUCGGGUUCGUUAAUGAUUACGUUCAAUUUCUCCGCAUUACAACGUAGGCUUCUUGUAAACACAUUGUAUUGUAUUUUUGUAUUCUUCUCGUAAAUUCUGACUAACAAAGGGAAAUGAUGAAGUACUAAUGGUAUGAGCUGACGCUUGGUGUUGGUCGACUUGCUCCUUCAGUAAUAUACAGUAUGUGGCACGGACUUAAACAAUAAAUGAACUAUAAUGUAGUAUUAUUACACAGAAGUAUAACACGACCAAAGAUUUAGACGAAAACCUUAAAUUAAAAAAGUGAAAUUUUCAAACAAAACAAAUAAUAAAAUAGAUUCAAGAAAGUAUAACACUCUGUGUAACAACGUACCUUGACCUCAGAAGAGCGGCAACGUCGCAUACGUUAUGGAAGGCACGGGUGACGCGGCUUGGUAGUAACACUGCAGUGACGGGGCUCAUUCACUCUUUGAACUCGUGAACCAUUGGACGAUAACGGAACGUACGCCCUGCUUGCCUAAGACUGCAGGUUGGGUUAUUGCGGAAAUAGGCUAAAACCCUUUGUUCCAAGAUCGAUGAAGUUUGCCGACCAGCAAAGCUCCAUCAUGGGUAUUGGGCACUAUGGGCAGAUUUUCUCUAAGCCUUUGUACAAACAUCAAUCGAACAGUGACGAGAUGCGCCAUACCUCCCCCGAUAAGUUCGCAGAGCCGACGCUAACGAUGACAUUCACCAUGUAAUAAUAUCGCGGCAUUUCGGCACAACACACAGACACACGUAAACACACAAUUAAAAGUUAAAUAAAUAAAAUAAAAUACACAGUUAACAAAAGUACAAAUGUCAGUGUCCGGUUCACAGUAAAGAAAACUAGGUAAUAAUUAAAAAAACUAAGAACUAAAAUAAUAAUUAAUUACAAAAAACAACAACAAUCGUUUAGCACAACGCGCGCGUAACCCGUCGGAAAUUAGCGAAAAGCACACACACUAUCCCGGAAGUCUAGCAGUGAACUGAUGAACAAAUUUUAUUUUCUAACUCAUUCGAUCACAAACGCGGCGUACUGAAAGGGAAACUACCCCUUUCACGAUGCCGCCGCAAGCGGCGGUAUCUUUGACAAAAGCCGUCAAAAGAAACCGACCGCUGGUGCGGCUAUUACAUACA